CUCUCAUUUCUCCCAAAUCCCAACCCAAAACGCCGUCGUUUUCUUCCACUCAUGGACUCAAAACCCAGCUUCUAAUUCCUUCACCAUAACCAAUUCAUCUCCCACCGAACCUUCUGAGCUCAGCAAUGUCCAAAGAGAGCUCUAUCGCCCGACGGAGGCCGCAGCCGGAGCCGAACGAGAACGACUUCGAAGCUCCGGCGAAUCCAGUCCAAUUCCCGCCGCCGAGGACUCCGCUGAACAGCAUAGCAGAUCCAGCGCAAUUGCCGAAGGAGUUUCACGAGCUCGAUUCGGAUUCGCAGCAGCCGAAGCUCGAAGCGGUUAGAUCCGGUAGGUUUUCGCUAUCGGAGAGAAGGCUUGAAGGUUUGGAUAAGGUAGGAAAUGUAGGCCUCGGAUUUGGAACUCCUAGGGUUUCAGGCAGAGGAGGAAAGGCGCACUCGGAGCCUAACUCGGCGCAGAGCACUCCGGCGAGGAAUCGAGCUUCAUUUGGAGGCUGUGGAGUGAGUAGAGCUCCGCUGUACAGUGGGCAUAGAGCAGGGAGUUCUUCUAGAAUCAUUCCGGUGGCGAAUUCGGAGAUUUUGACUCAAGUGCAGCAUUUUGAGCUUGUUGAGGACUCUUCGUUUUGGACUGAUCACAAUGUGCAGGUACUGAUUCGAAUUCGGCCAUUGAGUAGUAUGGAGAGGGCUUUGCAAGGGUGUGGUAGGUGUUUGAAGCAGGAGAGCUCGCAGAGUCUGGUGUUGCUUGGUCAUCCUGAAGCUCGAUUCACAUUUGAUCAUAUUGCAUGCGAAACGAUAUCACAGGAAAAGUUGUUCAAGGUUUCUGGGUUGCCAAUGGUGGAGAAUUGCUUGUCUGGUUAUAACAGCUGUAUGUUCGCAUAUGGUCAGACAGGUAGUGGCAAAACGUACACCAUGAUGGGUGAGAUAAAUGAGAGUGAGGGACAACUCAAUGAGGAUUGCGGGAUUACUCCACGCAUUUUUGAAUAUUUGUUCAAGAGGAUUAGACUGGAAGAGGAGAGCAGGCGAGAGGAACAGCUGAAGUACAGCUGCAAAUGUUCCUUUCUCGAGAUUUACAAUGAGCAGAUAACAGAUCUCUUGGAGCCUUCAUCAACUAAUCUACAACUCAGGGAGGACAUGAAGAAAGGGGUUUACGUUGAAAACCUUACAGAAUACAAUGUGACUAAUGUUGAUGAUGUUGUCAAGCUUCUGCUACAUGGUGCUUCAAACAGAAAAAUGGCAGCUACACACAUGAACAGUGAGAGCAGCCGCUCACAUAGUGUUUUCACAUGUAUUAUUGAAAGUCAUUGGGAAAACGAUUCCAUGACCCAUUUUAGAUUUGCAAGGUUGAAUUUAGUAGAUCUGGCUGGAUCAGAGAGGCAGAAAGGCUCUGGCGCAGAGGGAGAUCGUUUGAAAGAAGCAGCAAAUAUAAACAAAUCUUUAUCAACUCUUGGGUUGGUGAUAAUGUCUCUGGUUGAUUUAGCGCAUGGGAAGCACAGGCAUGUUCCUUAUAGAGAUUCGAGGCUUACUUUUCUGCUUCAGGAUUCUCUUGGUGGAAACUCUAAAACAACUAUAAUUGCAAAUGUCAGCCCAUCUAGUUGUUCUGCAAAUGAGACACUGAGCACUUUGAAGUUUGCCCAGCGUGCUAAACUUAUACAGAACAAUGCUAAAGUGAAUGAAGAUGCUUCAGGUGACAUAACCGCUCUCCAGCGACACAUCCAACAUCUAAAGGGCCAGUUGUCCUUCCUGAUGAAGCAUCAUAACCUCUCAUUAUCUUCAUCUAGUGGUGUGCCAAGUAUUGAAGAACCUAGAGGCAGUGGUUUGCCUGAUGAAGACAACUCUAUUAAAGAGAAAACGGAUACUGAUAGUCAAAAGACAUCAAGUUUCCAAAGCAAGAAGCUAAAUUCCAUGGAGACCAUUUUGGUUGGUGCCUUAAGAAGGGAAAAGGUGGCAGAUGAUGCACUACAGAAUUUGGUGGCUGAAAUUGAACACAUGAAUUGUUUGGCUUGUGAAAGAGAGGAGGAUAGUAGGCAUACAAAACUAAUGCUAAGAACUCGUGAUGAGAAAAUCAAAAGACUUGAGUUGUUGGUGGAUGGAAUGUUGUCUGCUGAAAAGUAUCUCAUGAAAGAGAACAAAGCUUUGCAAGAAGAGAUUCAGAUGCUUCAAGCACGACCUGAUGAAAAUCCAGAAUUGACCCAUUAUGCUGUGGAGAACAGUAGACUUCUGGAGCAACUUCAAUUGUAUCAAAAAUUUUACGAAGAAGGAGAGCGGGAAACAUUGCUAAAUGAAGUAUCAGACUUGCGCAAUCAGCUUCUGGAUACACUUCAAAGAAAGCUUCCAUUUUCAAGUGAAAAUGAAAAUCAGAAUAGUGAUAUCAGAAAGGAAUUGGAAGAUUGCAAGAACAUGAACUCUAAACUGAUCAGGGAAGUAGAUGAACUGCAAUUGGAAAUGAGAAAGUACAUGAGCUCCAGUCAGGCUGCAUCCGACUCUGUCAGAGAUUCUUUCUCCAAGGAUGCUGAGGAGUUCAGGCAAUCAGUUAAAAAUUCAACGGUGGAAACUUUGUCUCUGCGAAGUGACUGUGGAUAUGAAAUGGCAUCUUACACUGAGGCAGAUGAUGAGGCUUUACAGAAUCAUGACCAAAAUGGUGAUGAUGAUACACGAAAGAAGUUGAUCGAUGCUAAAAUGUUGAUUGAGGAAAAGGAGCCUGAGCAGGAAAUCAUGGGUUCGCUGAUGGACAUGAGUAAAGACGUUGAGAGGAAAUCUCUACAGGCCAAGUUGGAGAAAAUGGCUGAGGACCUGGAGAAGGUCAAAUUACUUAAUAGCCACUUUCAAGAGGAUCAGCUAUUACAGUUGUCCUGCCAGAAACAAACUGAAAUGGUUUGUGAACAGGUUGAGAUGGAGACAGCAAGAACAAUUCUUCAUUUACAGGAAGAGGUUGCUGCCCUUCAGUUUGAACUUGAUGAAAAGUUACAAUGCAUGAUUAAUGAAAAUACGACAUUGAAAAGUACCAUAGCAUCUAAAGAGGGUGAAAUAAGGACACUGAGAAUGGAUUGGGAAAAGGCAACAUUAGAACUAACUAGAUUCCUUCUGGAUGGUUCUAGAUCCCUAAAAAAUGCCUCCAGCCAAAUAGAAAGUAUUACUUGCUCAUUUCCUCAAGCUAAUGUUUGUAUUAGUGAAAAUGUUCAGAGGGCUGCCAAAGUUUGCUUGGAAAAGGAAGAAACAAUUGAACUACUACAAAAGAGCUUGGAAGAUGCACAAAAGAUGGUAACAGAAAUGGGAGAGAAGUUAAGUUCCUUGAAGGGAGCAACAAUGGCUUUAAGUGAACUCCAGCAUUUGAAUAGUGAUGAAAAGAUGAAGUAUAAUGAUAUUCAUUACAUGAUUCAUGGAAUGAGAAAUGAGCUCACUGUAGCAAAUGGUAGAUUGAAAAAUAUUGAAGAUUUUGUUUGCACUUACCCUUCACGAAAAACAGUUUUAGGAGAUGAAGAUGAGUGGAGUACUGAUAGUUCCACGUCAAGCUACGAUUCUUCAUCUGAAAGCAUUUCUUCUGGACAUGUAUUGUGGACAAUGGAAGGGCAAUUACAGGACUCAAACGUUGAAGAAGUCUCAGUACUUCAGUCUGCUCAUGGAGAUCCAGAAAAGUCAAAGCUGUUAUCAAGUUUCAGUCCACCUGAAGGAGAAAUAUUCUGCCUGAAAAAAGAACUGGAGAUAACAAUUGAUGCUUUUAACAAUCUAUAUGUUCAGUUAGCCUCACUUGCUGGUGAAACUGUUGCUGAAAAUCAUUCUCCGCAAGGAGAUGUAAAACAGCUUGUUCAACCGUUUAAGCUGAAGACUGCUAGUGCUUAUGCAGGUUGUCAUACAACAGUAAAGUUAGUUGGCAGUGAGAAGAAUGAUUUCGCUAGUAGCUUCUUAGUCAAUUUUGAAGAAGCGAAUGCAACCAUAAAGGAGGCUGAUCUCAUGUUAAAUGCCUUGUUGGAAGCCAAUGAAAAUUCAAAACAAUUGACUGGGCUGUGGAAGCAAACUGGUGAGGAACUAAUGUUAGAAAGAGCAAGAUUUAUUGAAGAAGUGGAACAUCUCAAAUGUUCUCUACUUUCAAAAGAAAGAGAGAACUUACUGCUGCAAAAUCAAUCAUGUUUUGAUUUGGCAGAGAUAGGAAAAUCAGUGUCUCUGCUUGAAGAGUGUUUCAUGCAAUUAAAAAGUGAUGUCGAGGACAGGUUUAAUACAAUAUAUGCUGAUGUUUUCUCAAUGGGGAGCAACAUACGCAGCUUUAUUAGCAGUUCAAGAUCAUUACUAGAAGAAAUAUACUCUGAGACAUUAAAGAAAGAAUUUGCCAUGUUUGUGCUUCAUCAGUGUCUAAGAGGAGAGCUUGUCCCCAACAUGUCAUGUGUAAAUUUAGAAAUAGAUUACCACCAAUUUAGGAGCCAAGAAGGAUGUUCAGAAAUGAAUAAAAUGCAUAAGGUCUACUCAAGUGGUGAGGAGAGCACCAUGCUCAGUACAUUGUGCAUAGAUGAUGGGGAUCAAUGUGAAGCAGUCACCAACUUGAAAGAGCGUGAGUGCAGUCUCUCUCGUGAUACUUUGAUACACGAGAACUUAGUACUGAAGGAAGAGUUACAAAGGAGGGAAGCUCUACUAGAAGGCUUGCAUUUUGAUUUCAGAACGCUGCAGGAAUCAACAUCCAACACAAAGGAUAUGAAGGAUGAAACUCAAAAGCUGAUACAAUCUUUGAGACAAAUCCAGCUUGAACUAGAAUUGAAAACAUGCCACCUUGAUGACAUGUUGGUUGAACAAAGAAAACUUCAGGAUCAUUUGAAUGAUACUGAAGAGGCUUUGCUUAUAUCUAAUUCCAAUCUCCAGGAGGCCAAUGAAACAGUUGAAACCCUUUCAGAGCAGAAUAUUGAGUUAAAAGUGCUUCUAAAAGAUCUCUAUCUCCACAAAGUUGAAGCUGAAGAACAACUGGAAGAGCAGAAGGAGGUGGUGAAAGGUUUGGAAAAAGAGAUUUUGCAUUUGAAUUCUUCAAUGGAAGAAAAAAUAGUGUUUUCGGUUGAAGGUAUUCAUGGUGAUUUGAGAAUGGCUAUCAGUGAAAGAGAUCGACUCCUUGAUGAAGUCCAGUCCUUGAAUGAUAAACUUGAAAUGGCAUGCGCAAUAGCUGAUGAAAACGAAGCUAUAUCUGUUGAAGCUCGCCAGGAUGCUGAGACAAGUAAAAUGUAUGCUGAACAAAAGGAAGAGGAAGUGAAGAUUUUAGAACACUCUGUGGAAGAACUUGAAUGCACCAUCAAUGUACUGGAAAAAAAGGUGUAUGAGAUGGAUGAUGAGGUAGAAAGGCAUCGGUUGAUCAGAGAUGCACUAGAACUGGAACUCCAAGCUUUAAGACAGAGAUUGUCAACGGUCAAAAGUUUCACUGAAAACGCGGAUUCAGAAAACACAAAAACUGAAGAAGAUGAAGACCUGAUAUCUAGGCAACUUAAGAGUAAGCUACUGGAACUUCAUGAGGCUCAUAAUAGGAUAAAGAUUCUUGAAGAGGAAAGAGCAGAACGGGAUAAAGAGAUCAAACAAUGCAAGGAAUACAUCUCUGAACUUGUUUUGCAUGCCGAAGCUCAGGCUGCACAGUACCAACAGAAGUAUAAGACUCUUGAGGCCAUGGUCUGUGAAGUAAAAGCAGAUAAGACAUAUUCGGCAACAAACAAAACUGAGAGGAGCUCAAUUAGAACAAGGGGCUCUGGUUCACCCUUCAGGUGUAUAUCAUCUUUGGUUCAGCAAAUGAACACGGAGAAGGAUCAGGAGUUGUCUACAGCCAGGCUUCGGAUUGAGGAACUAGAGGCACUGGCUGCCAGUCAGCAAAAGGAGGUAUGUUUGCUGAAUACUAGGCUGGCAGCAACAGAAAGCAUGACACAUGAUGUUAUUCGAGAUUUACUUGGUGUGAAAUUGGACAUGACUAACUAUGCAGACUUGAUAGACCAAUACCAGGUUCAAAAACUAGUAGAAGAGGCUCAUCAUCAGACAGAAGACUUCCUGGCCAAGGAGAAAGAAAUUCUCAACUUGAGAAAGCAGGUCACUGAUCUAAUGGAAGAAAGACAAAGUUGCAUAACCGAAAUAGAAAAAAAAGAAGGGGAUAUACUAGCUGCUCAGAUGUCCAUGCAAGAACUCGAAGAGAGGGAUCAAAUGCUUUCUGCGCAGAAUGAGAUGUUGAAGACCGACAAGACCAAACUAAAGAGAAGAGUAUCAGAACUGGAUGACAUGGUAAAAACAAUUCUUGGAAAACCAAGUACCCGGCAUCCAAGUCAACAAACAUCCACAAGCAAGGUGAACUUGAUCAAGCAGAACAGCGCAUUCAGAUUACAUGAUGGUGAUUUCACCAGAAGAGUGGAACAGUCUGAGAAGGAACUCUCUCGUGUCAAUGGUGAACUUGCUCAAUAUAUCAAAUCAGGUGGUGGUCAGGCGCGAGACAGACAAAGUCAUGGAUCAGAAUUAGAUUAUAGGAAGCUGAAGAACUUGAGUAUGGAUAAAGUAUAAGAUGCUGUAGACCUCCUUUGUUUGUCGACAUUGUAUUGUCUACAGACGAGACAAUUCAAAGGUGUUAUGAGGAGAUUGAAGAUUAUUACUCCUCAGCUAUGGAAAUAGUCCCACAUUGGCCCCUUCAUAAAAGAAUUCUUCUACGUGAGUUUGUAUUUAAGCAAAGAAUGUGAAGCUGUUUGUGUGAUAUAUUUUUCCUUUUCUGGAAAACUGGGCUAGACGUUUGCACAUCGCCCAUAUAUGAACUUGGUUGUAAAGAAAAACCCUUCCAUGUAUAGUAAUCCACUCGAUUGGUCUUCAACUUUAUCCCUGAUAGGUAGGGCUGUAGGAGUUUUAAAUAAUUUG